CCUGGACCGCACGCUGUCCAAGUCCUCUGAGUGUUGCUAUAGAGACCGGAGAGCGCUGGGCCUGCGAACUCUAAAGAGACGAGCAGCGGCGCCUCAGUGGACUCUUGGGGACCAGAGCGCCAUGUCUUUCCGCGACCUCCGCAAUUUCACAGAGAUGAUGAGAGCCUUGGGGUACCCGCGCCAUAUUUCUAUGGAGAAUUUCCGCACACCCAACUUUGGGCUUGUCUCUGAAGUACUUCUGUGGCUUGUGAAAAGGUAUGAGCCGCAGACCGACAUCCCUUCUGACAUUGAGACUGAACAAGACCGAGUUUUCUUCAUUAAGGCAAUUGCCCAGUUCAUGGCCACAAAGGCACAUAUAAAACUCAACACCAAGAAGCUCUAUCAGGCCGACGGGUACGCAGUGAAAGAGCUGCUGAAGAUCACGUCCGUUCUUUACACUGCCAUGAAGACCAAAGGGAUGGAGGGCUCCGAUGUAGGAGAGGAGGACAUCAGCAAAUUCAAGUUUGAUCUGGGCUCCAAGAUUGCAGAUUUGAAAGCAGCCAGACAACUUGCUUCUGAAAUCACUGCCAAAGGAGCUUCUCUGUAUGACUUGCUGGGCAAAGAGGUUGAGCUGAGGGAACUGAGAACAGAAGCCAUUGCUAGACCCCUAGAGAUAAAUGAGACUGAGAAGGUGAUGAGGAUCGCCAUCAAGGACAUUUUGGCACAGGUUCAGAAGACGAAAGACCUGCUCAAUAAUGUGGCCUCUGAUGAAGCGAAUUUAGAAGCCAAAAUUGAAAAGAGAAAAUUAGAACUGGAAAGAAAUCGGAAGCGAUUACAGACCCUGCAGAGUGUCAGGCCAGCCUUUAUGGAUGAGUAUGAGAAGGUCGAGGAAGAGUUGCAAAAGCAAUAUGACAUCUAUCUAGAGAAGUUUCGGAACCUGGCUUACCUGGAGCAGCAGCUUGAGGACCAUCACAGGAUGGAGCAGGAGAGGUUUGAAGAAGCUGAAAAUACUCUCCGUCUGAUGCAGAAUAAGCUAAAGGAAGAAGAGAAGCGACUGCUCAAAAGUGGAAGCAAUGAUGACUCGGACAUAGACAUCCAAGAGGAUGAUGAAUCGGACAGCGAGCUGGAGGACAGACGGAUGUCUAAGCCUCGGACAGCGAUGGAGGUGCUCAUGCAAGGAAGGCCCAACAAACGCAUCGUGGGCACAAUGCAAGGUGGAGACUCCGAUGAAGACGAAGACUCAGAGGACAGUGAAAUUGACAUGGAAGAUGAUGAAGAAGAUGAUGACGAUUUGGAAGAUGAAAGCAUUGCUCUCUCACCAGCUAAACCCAGUCGAAGGGUCCGGAAACCUGAGCCCUUGGAUGAGAGUGACAAUGACUUCUGACCUUCUUGCCAAGGAACCCAGGCAGAUUAAGAGCCUGAAGGAGGUGGUAGAUAUAUAGGUAAACAGGGACUCAACUGACUGGAAAGGUAACAUGUGUUUUGUUCACUACACCAUCUGGGCUUAACUGUGCUGAAACCCCACAAAGAUUUUCUUUGUCUAUCUCCUAACACUUGGAAUCCCCAUACCUGUGUUCUAAGUCAUUCAAAUCUACCCCUUGGGGAGAAAUACAGACUGACACCA